AAAAAUGUGUCGUUAUGUUUGAUGAAAUGGCUCUAAACAAGUAAUAGUCCAUUUCCAUGUGACGUCACAGAACGUUUGUUUACAAGUGUAAACAGCUGAUCGGGGUCAACCUUAACCUGCGCGUAUAUGAGAGGUGAACACAAAACCCUCAUUUAAGGUAAAAAAAUUAAUCAAAUAACGCGCGUUGUGAGCUUCUCUAUUGUGUACCUAAGUGCCGGUUAGUUUUGUGUAGGCCUCUUUACGUGAAGAAUCGAAAAUGACGCGAUUUUGUGCUGUGUAUGGUUGUACAAAUAGGAGCAAUCGUGAGAUAUGCAAGAAAUUCUUUGGCAUUCCUGGCACCAGGGAUAGAAGAGGUCGGGAACUACCAGAAGGUAUAGAGAGGAGACGUUUGUGGCUUCAAGCUAUUAAUAGGGAAGAUUUAACACAAGAAAAAUUGAGAUAUGCAGCUGUACCAGAUUGUUAUUUGUAUGGUGUACAUUUUAAAGGAUAUCCAUCUAAAGAAGGCGAUGUAAAUCAUCCAGAUUAUGUGCCAAACCAGAAGCUAGGUUAUACCUCAGGUCGUUCGAUUGGUACUACCGCUCUCUCAAGGUAUCAGCGGAGCAAGAAGAUACUGCGAAAAGAAAACCCUGAGAAAGAAGAACUCGGUACAGAUGCAGAAAUUCCCCAUCAUGAAGACACUACACGUGCAGAAACUACAGAAAGUCAAGAACAUAUCACAUCUGGGACUCUAGUGUACGUUACUCAAAGUACUUAAACAGAUGUCAUUGAAGCCGAUGUUCUGCUCAACAAUGAACUGUAUAACUUGCGGCAAUUAGUGUCACAGUAUACG